AGCUGGUCACCGUUACGUAGAAGCUAGUUAGCUAGCCGUCAGGUGUGGAACCAAUUUGAGCUAAAAUGUCUGACUGGGAAGAUGAAUACAACGAGGACGGUGUUGCUUUCCAGAAACCUGCUACAAAUUCAGCCCAGACUUGGUGUGAGUUGUCAUGUGGUGACCGUAAAAGAGAUAAUGUAGUUUUCGGUGUAAGAGAUAGGUGUGGACCAUCAGGAGAGGGGAGAGCUGAUGGGACUAGCGGAAAAGGGUUCGACUCCAGAGGUUGGACAAGUGGAAGGGAGGCCCGUUCCCGCGGAGCCCCAGGAGGACGACCCUUUGGCGAUGAUAAGUCGGCCUCUUCCCGACCUGUGACCAUCACCGUGGAAAAUGCUUUAGUUGGGAGGAUAAUAGGUCGCGGGGGAGCCAAAAUCCGCGAACUUGAAGAGAGCAGCGGUGCCAGAAUCAAGAUUAAUAAAGGGGACUAUGAUGGUGAGGUGGUCAUCUUUGGGUCCUCUGCUGCCCAGCAAAAGGCCAAGGAGAUGAUUGAAGACCUGGUGGCAGAUGGCAACUCUCGAUUUCACGAUGGUUCUUGUAAGGGAAGAGACUAUGGAGGAAGCCACAGAGGUGAUGAAAGAGGAGGGAGCGACUCUGUAUGGUCUGCUGCACAAUUACAGGCUGCAUAUGUUGCCCCAGCACGUGUCUCCAUAGACUGGAACGACAUACGGGAGAACAAGGAAAAGUAUGAACAGCUCAAGUGGAAGGACGCCCCACCCUUGAAGAAGAAUUUUUACACUGAGGCCCAGAGUGUAUCCAUGCUCACAGCAGAGGAAGUGAGUGAAUGGAGGUUGGAGAAUAACAAUAUCUUUGUGGAUGACCUGAAGGAUGAAGGGGAGAAGCGGCUCAUUCCCAACCCCUGUCGCACUUUUCUGGAGGCCUUUGAGCAUUAUCCGGAGAUCAUGGAAAAUAUUGAGCGAGUUGGCUUCGUCAAACCAACCCCCAUCCAGUCCCAGGCAUGGCCAGUGUUGCUGAGUGGGGAGGACCUGAUAGCCAUCGCACAGACAGGAACAGGGAAAACCCUGGCAUACCUGCUGCCAGGCUUCAUCCACAUGGACGGACAGCCUGUACCUAGAUCAGAGCGGGGUGGGCCAGGCAUGUUGGUGCUGACUCCCACCAGAGAGCUUGCCCUGCAGAUUGAAGCUGAGUGCAACAAGUACCGCUAUAAGGGCUACAAAAGUGUCUGCAUCUAUGGUGGAGGGGAUAGGCGAGGCCAGAUCAGCUUUGUGAAGGAGGGGGUGGACAUAGUGAUCGCCACCCCAGGCCGACUAAAUGAUCUACAAAUGAACGAACUCAUCAAUCUUUGCGCUAUCACCUACUUGGUGCUGGACGAAGCUGACCGGAUGCUGGAUAUGGGCUUUGAACCCCAGAUUUUAAAGAUUCUCCUGGACAUCCGCCCAGACAGGCAGACUGUCAUGACCAGUGCCACCUGGCCCACUGGUGUGAGACGAUUGGCCAGAUCCUACCUAAAGAAUCCUAUGAUGGUUUACGUGGGCACCCUGGACUUAGCGGCAGUAAACACAGUGCAGCAAACGGUGCUGGUCGUCCAUGACGAGGAUAAAGAGUCCUAUAUGUAUGACUUCAUCAGAAACAUGGGUCCUGAGGAUAAAGUCCUCAUCUUUGUUGGCAGGAAGUUUAAGGUGGAUGACCUCUCCAGUGACAUGUGUCUGCAGGGGCUGGCUGUGCAAAGUCUCCACGGUGACCGUGAGCAGCGUGACCGUGAAGAAGCCCUUGAAGACUUUAAAGAGAGUCGAGUUCGUAUCCUGGUCGCCACAGACUUGGCGUCUCGAGGGCUGGAUGUCUGUGACAUAACACACGUCUUUAACUUUGACUUCCCACGUAACAUAGAGGAGUAUGUUCAUCGCGUGGGCCGCACUGGCCGAGCAGGGCGGCCAGGUGCUGCUGUUACCUUGGUAACAAAAGAAGACUGGAGGAAGGCCUCUGAACUGAUUCCCAUCUUGGAGCGAGCAGGACAGGAAGUCCCUGUGGAGCUGGCGCUCAUGGCAGAAAGGUACGAGAACCACAAGAGGGAGAGGGAGAUGUGCAAUCCAAAAGGAGGAUCAAGACGAGGAGGAGGAGGAGGGAGGAGAGAUGGUAGUGGGAGAGGAGGCAGGGAUCGAGGCCAAAACUGGGGAUUCUAAUGCCUGACUGUCCAUGUAGGUCCCCAGAUAUUAUCACAAGGUUUCCUACAGAUGGAUGUUAUGAACGGACAGAUAGAAAAUGUAACGUCUGUGGUUUUGAACAGACUACUUUUUUUGUGUAAUAAGACAGUAAUGACUAUUGUCUGGUAUUUUGAACAGGGCUAAUGGUAAUAAGCUUUGUUUACACUUUUUUUCAUUAACAAGAGCAGAAUUGGAAAUCACUUGUCUUAUAGUUUCUUUUGAAUGUAUAUUUCAUUUUAUUUAUUUUUCUCUGAUUGUUAAAACUUCUUUGUGUUUUUUGCUGGAUUACUUCAUUUACAUUUAGAGGCAGUUGCACCUCAAACUGUUCUUUGGAUCUGACAGUGUUUUAAAUGCACAAUGUUGACAGUUUUGUUUUCUGUCCAUCACUCACUAACUACAGUAGUGUUUUGUAUCACUUUUGACUGUUGUAUGUCAUUUCUUGGUUUGGGCAGAAAGAAAUGUCUAAUAAAUUCUCUCUUUUAAAGAGG